UACUUUAGUAUUAAAUAAUUUUGCACUUGUGAGAUAUGCAUUAUAAAUUGUUUCCUAAAUGUAACGUUAAAUAAUUGCUAAAUUAAAUAGUCUUACAUAAUAUAAAAAAUGUCGCUAAAAGCUUAUGAAGAUGCGUGUACCAGGGCUGAAUUAUUCGGUCAGCCUUUGCCUGAUAGAGAAGAAUUUUUGGAGAAACACAAAUACAUGGAUGUUGUAGAAUUCGAAGAAGUGGAUAUAAGAACUGCCGAGAAUUCAGCAAUGUUAGAUGACGACAUAAAACACGCAAGUAGUGGCUUAGCCGAGUUAAAUACGAUUUUGUCUUCUACACAGACGAAAUUAAAUCGCCUAAAGGGUGUUUGUGGCAGUCUUACUAAUUUUUUUCGUGUCAAACUAACAUCGAAGGAUAACCUCUCAUAUUCUAGUGAACCAAGUUACAUCGGUCAAGUGCAUUCAAACAACACAAAAGAUACAGGUUCUAUUAACACUGGUCUCGGUCCUGAUGAUAAUGAAUUCAAGCGAAUUCCAAAGAUAAAACAAAAUGGCGCCGAUAUUAAUGCAGCGCUAGAUGAUUUAGAAAAUAUGCAGAAAAUUGAGAAAACACCAAUAUUAAGAAUUGAUAAACAAGUAAACUCACAGAAUAGUAAAUUAGAUAAUUUAAUAAUGCAAGCUGAUAAAGCUCAGUCUUCUUUGCAACAUCAGAAUAAACAAAUGCGAAGUUUUUUACGAUAACUUCUUUACUUUAUGGUUUCAGACGAAACAACUAAACAUAUAGUCAUCUCUAUCACUCUCUUUGAGAAAAUAGAGAUAACAAUAUGGAUGCAGUGUUGUAACUGUUGUAAUCGUGAUCUGACAGAUUCGCGAAUAAUUUUUUUUUUAUCAAAUAAUUGUGCAUGAAAUUGAUAUUAACUUUUAGCUUAUUGUGUAGAAAGUUUAUUGUACUAUAAACUUUUUAAUAAAAAUAUAAUUAUGCCAAAGAUAAGCACCAAUGGUAGAGAAAUUAAGGAACAAAAGGUGCCAUGGUACGAGCAUGUUAUGAGGAGGAAAGAAUGACAAGUGACAAGGAUACAUUUAAUUAUAAAUGUAGAGGGGUACACUAUUAGUAGUAGACCUGAGAACAAAUGGGUGGAUUGUAUGAUUGGUGACACGAUCUAGAAAGGAAUAACGACAGUGAUUACGGACAGAUUGAUUUGGAGGACAAAAAUUAGUGCACCAACCUUAGGGAACAUACCCAUACUACGUGACCUAUUUAGUUUUUUCGACCCCUCCCUCCCCUCGAUGACCACUCGUAGUACAUGCCAAGAC